AUGCCAAAAACAAUUCUUGCACGCAAAAAAGCUAUGCAACCAGUUGGUUUCCGCGCUCAGUCCAUACUUAUCGAUGGUCGUGGUCACUUAAUUGGUCGUUUAGCAGCAACAGUAGCUAAAACAAUAUUGCAAGGUCAUAGUGUUGUUGUUGUACGAUGUGAAGGUCUCAACAUAAGUGGAUCGUUUUAUCGAAAUAAACUUAAAUAUUUGGAAUUUCUUCGUAAACGAUGUAACAUUAAUCCCGCACGUGGCCCAUUUCAUUUCCGUGCACCAUCAAAAAUCUUUACACGUAUUGUACGUGGAAUGGUACCACAUAAAACUGAACGUGGUAAACAAGCGUUAGUUCGUCUACGUGCAUUUGAAGGUAUUCCAACACCCUAUGAUAAAAAAAAACGUUUAGUUGUUCCAAGUGCAUUACGUACGUUACGUUUAAAACCCAGACGUCGUUUCACUGAACUUGGCCGCUUAUCAACUGAAGUCGGUUGGCAAUAUCAAACCGUUGUUGCAACAUUAGAAAAGAAACGAAAAAUCAAAGCUAAGCAUUAUCAUUUAAGACAAUGUGAAUUGAAAAAACUUAAAACAAGUGCUAAAGCAAAAUUAGCUUCAAAGCCACAAGUUGCUAAACAUCUUGCCGUACUUCAAAAAUAUGGUUAUCAACUCUAA